GCAGCAAUACCCAUCUCGCAGAUACGGAAGUCGGCGAGCUCUUCUCGCUUGUAUGCAGCAACUCGAAACAGGCUGCUGAGUAGGUCGGCUUUAAAAAGUAUCACAUCGCACACAGGGUGAUGAUUCCCAGGUUUAGUGGGCUGGCAAACCUAACCUGACUUACUAUGAUGGUGGAUACUGUGGACGCAGGUUCAAAGAGAGAAGACAGCAGAAGAUAGACACAGUUUGUUGAAUCAACACACCCCUUUAUUCUUUAUGAUUCUUGAGAAAAAGCUGAUGUUUACUGGAACACCUCAAUGGAUGUGAAACAGGAGAGCUGUGAUGUUCACACAAAUAUCAUGGAUAUUAAGGAGGAGGACUGUGAGUUGGAGUCCAUCUACCUUAAACAGGAACGUCUGAGCAUUAAGGAGGAGAACAGUGAACUGCAGGCAGUGGGCAUUAAAGAAGAAGCUGAAGAGAUGUCUAUCAGUAUUGAGAUUCUUAACUAUACAAAUUUGGACAGUGUAAAAGAAGACAACCUUCAUGAUGGGUGUCAAGAUGGAGUGGUGACCUGGUUAGACUCUUCUCAAAGCAGACAAUGUUCAUCUCCAGAGCCUUCUGUCAAUGUGAAGACUGAAUCAUUACAGUCUAAACCAAAGAGGACUAAGAAAACUACAUCUGUUAGAGCUCAUGAAAAUCGGCCACCAUCUACAAAGAAGUCUGGAAAAAGAAUCAAAGAUCAGUGCAGUUUGGAAUCUGGAAAAGAAUUCUCUGGCAGGAGCGCUCUUCAGAUCAACACUGGAAUUCACACGGGAAAGAAGCCAUAUUGCUGUACUGAAUGUGGUAAACAGUUUUCAUGUAUAAGCAGUCUGAAGAUCCACACUAGAGUUCACACGGGAGAAAAGCCGUAUUGCUGUACUGAAUGUGGUAAACAGUUUUCAUGUAUAAGCAGUCUGAAGAUCCACACUAGAGUUCACACGGGAGAGAAGCCGUAUUGCUGUACUGAAUGUGGUAAACAGUUUUCAUGUAUAAGCAGUCUGAAGAUCCACACUAGAGUUCACACGGGAGAGAAGCCGUAUUGCUGUAAUGAAUGUGGUAAACAGUUUUCACGUAUGAACAAUCUGAAGAGUCACACUAGAGUUCACACCGGAGAGAAGCCGUAUUGCUGUAAUGAAUGUGGUAAACUGUUUACAGAGAUAGGCAGUCUUCAGAAACACACUAGAGUUCACACCAGAGAGAAGCCAUAUUGCUGUAAUGAAUGUGGUAAACAGUUUUCUCAAAUGAGCGAUCUUCAGAGACACACGAGAGUUCACACCGGAGAGAAGCCAUAUUGCUGUAAUGAAUGUGGUAAACAAUUUUCAUUGAUAAGCAGUCUGAAUGACCACACUAGAGUCCACACGGGAGAGAAGCCAUAUUGCUGUAAUGAAUGUGGUAAACAGUUUACACGUAUGCACAGUCUGAAGGACCACAUUAGACUUCACACGGGAGAGAAGCCGUAUUGCUGCAAUGAAUGUGGUAAACAGUUUUCACAAAUGGGCAAACUUCAAAUACACACUAAAGUUCACACCGGUGAGAAGCCAUAUUGCUGUAAUGAAUGUGGUAAACAAUUUUCACAUAUAAGCAGUCGGAAUAACCACACUAGAGUUCACACGGGAGAGAAGCCAUAUUGCUGUAAUGAAUGUGGUAAACAAUUUUCACACAUAAGCAGUCUGAAUAACCACACUAGAGUUCACACCGGUGAGAAGCCAUAUUGCUGUAAUGAAUGUGGUAAACAAUUUUCACAAGUGGGACAACUUCAAAUACACACUAGAGUUCACACCGGUGAGAAGCCAUAUUGCUGUAAUGAAUGUGGUAAACAGUUUUCACGAAUGGGCCAACUUCAACUACACACUAGAGUUCACACCGGUGAGAAGCCAUAUUGCUGUAAUGAAUGUGGUAAACAAUUUUCACAUAUAAGCAGUCUGAAUAACCACACUAGAGUUCACAUGGGAGAGAAGCCAUAUUGCUGUAAUGAAUGUGGUAAACAGUUUUCACGAAUGAGCAAUCUUCAGAGACACACGAGAGUUCACACCGGUGAGAAGCCGUAUUGCUGUAAUGAAUGUGGUAAACAGUUUUCACAAAUGGGCCAACUUCAAAUACACAAUAGAGUUCACACCGGUGAGAAGCCAUAUUGCUGUAAUGAAUGUGGUAAACAAUUUUCACAUUUAAGCAGUCUGAAUAACCACACUAGAGUUCACACUGGUGAGAAGCCAUAUUGCUGUAAUGAAUGUGGUAAACAGUUUUCACAAAUGGGCCAACUUCAAAUACACAAUAGAGUUCACACUGGUGAGAAGCCAUAUUGCUGUAAUGAAUGUGGUAAACCAUUUUCACAAAUGGGCCAACUUCAAAUACACAAUAGAGUUCACACCGGUGAGAAGCCAUAUUGCUGUAAUGAAUGUGGUAAACAAGUUUCACAUAUAAGCAGUCUGAAUAACCACACUAGAGUUCACAUGGGAGAGAAGCCAUAUUGCUGUACUGAAUGUGGUAAACAGUUUUCACGUAUAACCAAUCUGAAAAAGCACACUAGAGUUCACACGGGAGAGAAGCCAUAUUGCUGUAAUGAAUGUGGUAAACAGUUUUCUCAAAUGAUCAGUCUUCAGAUCCACACUAGAGUUCACAUGGUAGAGAAGCCAUAUUGCUGUAAUGAAUGUGGUAAACAGUUUUCACAAUUGGGCCAUCUUCAGAGACACACUAGAGUUCACACAGGAGAGAAGCCGUAUUGCUGUACUGAAUGUGGUAAACCAUUUUCACGUUUAAACAGUCUGAAGAUCCACACUAGAGUUCACACGGGAGAGAAGCCGUAUUGCUGUAAUGAAUGUGGUAAACGGUUUUCACAUAUGAACAAUCUGAAGGUCCACACUAGAGUUCACACGGGAGAGAAGCCGUAUUGCUGUACUGAAUGUGGUAAACUGUUUUCAUUUAUAAACAGUCUGAAGAUCCACACUAGAGUUCACACGGGAGAGAAGCCGUAUUGCUGUAAUGAAUGUGGUAAACCGUUUUCACGUAUAAACAGUCUGAAGAUCCACACUAGAGUUCACACGGGAGAGAAGCCGUAUUGCUGUAAUGAAUGUGGUAAACACUUUUCACAAAUGAGAUUUCUUCAGAGACACAGUAGAGUUCACACCGGUGAGAAGCCGUAUUGCUGUAAUGAAUGUGGUAAACAGUUUUCACAAAUGGGCCAUCUUCAAAUACACACUAGAAUUCACACAGGAGAGAAGCCAUAUUGUUGUACUGAAUGUGGUAAACCGUUUUCACGUAUGAACAGUCUGAAGAACCACAUUAAAGUUCACACUGGAGAGAAGCCAUAUUGCUGUAAUGAAUGUGGUAAACCGUUUUCAGAAAUGAGAUAUCUUCAGAGACACACUAGAGUUCACACCGGUGAGAAGCCGUAUUGCUGUAUUGAAUGUGGUAAACAGUUUUCACUUAUGAACAGUCUGAAGAGCCACAUUAGAGUUCACACCGGAGAGAAGCCGUAUUGCUGUAAUGAAUGUGGUAAACAGUUUUCACAAAUGGGCCAUCUUCACAGACACAGUAGAGUUCACACGGGAGAGAAGCCAUAUUGCUGUAAUGAAUGUGGGAAACAGUUUUCACAAAUGGGCGAUCUUCAAAUACACACUAGAGUUCACACCGGAGAGAAGCCAUAUUGCUGUAAUGAAUGUGGUAAACAGUUUUCACAAAUGGGCCAUCUUCAGAUGCACACUAGAAGAGUUCACACCGGAGAGAAGCCAUGUUGCUGUACUGAAUGUGGUAAACAGUUUUCACAUAUAAACAGUCUGAAGAACCACACUAGAGUUCACAUGGGAGAGAAGCCGUAUUGCUGUAAUGAAUGUGGUAAACAGUUUUCACUAAUGAGCAAUCUUAAGAAACACACUAGAGUUCACAUGGGAGAGAAGCCAUAUUGCUGUAAUGAAUGUGGUAAACAGUUUUCACAAAUGAGCAGUCUUCAGAGACACACUAGAGUUCACAACAGAAUAGAAAGAGUAGCAGUUCAACAAUCAGUCCAGAAAAACAAGCACCCUUCAGGACUCUAGAGUGAGGUUCACUCCUGGCUUGAAAAGUAAGCAAACUAAACUAUUGUUGACACAUUAAUCUCUGAGAGAAGCCAUAUUACUGAUUGGAAUGUGGCAAACAAAUCUGUCAGGAGUUCUCUUCAGAGAUGCACCAGAAUUCACACCGGAGAGAAGUACAACUGAACUGUCCUGACUGAAGAGUGAGGUUCACUCCUGCCUGGCAGUAAGCACAUGUAACCGACUGGAAUUCAUCCUAAGCGGUGUUGUGUCACAAAGAAAUCAACACAGAGGAGAAUCAGAAGUUUAUAUCCUUUUUCCUUUUCCUGAAACAAAAUACAGAACAGGGCGUCAUACAAAGCGCUUCUCACUAAAGCCCCUACAGGCUCCACCUUGCGUCUAGCUCUGCUUUCAUAACAUACGUACAUAUAGAACUAUUUACAAUAUAUUAUAUACAUUUCAUCAGAAAGAACUCUUUACAGUAUACAUAACCUUACAUAGUAAAUCAUAGUUCAGCUAUAUAAUAUAUAUUUUUCUAUUUUUAUAUAACAAAAAAUAAAAUACCUUUCCAAAAAAAAAAAAACCAGGGUGCCAUACAAACAGCUUCUCGCCAAUGCUUAUUAAAUAAUAAAUCAAAUCAGUUACUAAUAAUUACAAACACAAACUAUGAAAACAAUAUAAAUAAAAUUUAAAUGAAAAUCCAAAGUAUCCAUGUGGUCAUGUUGUACACCAGGCUGAAUUAUAUUAAAACGCUGUGGCAGUGCACUAAAAAAAGAAUUUUUUUUUUAUUAUUAUUUGUUUGCUUUUGAUUAUAAAACAUACAAAGACUGUAUAUAAGAACUCAGUGGUUGGGGGUGGGGUGGGGGGGCACAUUUGUUAUUUAACACUUGAGAAUUACCAAAUAACAGUGACGGACCAUGCAUUUCACACCUAGGCCUUCAGUAGUGCUCCGUCUGAAUCAACCUGCCCCUCAAAAACUAAUUUAUGGUUAUAAAAACCAUCUUAAUAUGCAGAAAUACAGUAUAAAGUGCGUUGCAUCGCAGAUAGAUAACUCCUGUUGCCACAAUAAAUGCCUUUAUUGAAUAGACAAACCAGGGGUUAACAAGUUCCUACAGCUGCGACACACAUAAAAAACAUCAAUAAUAACUCAUAAACUUGCGAUUUUCCUAAAUAAUAUUGCAACAUUUUGCUCACCAAAAAUUGGGAUUAUUUGUAAACAAAAUCCAUCCUCCUCUCUUUACUGAGAUUAUCCGUGCGCUUCAGUUCCAUCACGAAGUCCCUUUCUAUCACCAACAAAGCUAAUGCUGAAAGUCGAACCUGCCCUGUCGUAUUUCUGGCAUAAGUUUUAAUUUGCUUUAAGGCUGAAAAUGUCCGCUCGACAGAAGCAGUUGACAUGGGAGGGCCUGCAGAACGGAUUGUGAAGGCUUCCGGGCAGACUUCAUUGACUUUGACCUUGCCUGGCAAGAAAUGAUGGCUGAAAUGCGAUUGGUUAAAUGCUUUAAUACGAAAAUACAUGUCUGGAAGCAGCAAAACCAUCAGAAAAGCUAUGAAAGGAAGCAGUAAGACUAUUUGGAAUUAUUUAAUAAUUUUUCAUGGACAAAAUAUUAUUAAAAUCAGUUUGUGAUUCAGAUAUUUUUUUAGGCCAGCAGAGAAGGCCUUGCAGGCCCUGACGGUCCACCACUGCCAAAUAAUAUUCAUGUCAAAUCAAUAGAAUAAAAUUAGAAAAGGUUUGGAGAGAGCAGACUUACCUGUACAGCAUCCACCAUCGCCUGAGGGUGCCUGCAGUCUGUGAGGAGUCACAUUAAUUAGCAUUUGUACUACAAAAUACCUUUGGUAUGAAACUAAGGACACACAAACAAUUACUUUUGGUGAAAUUCAUAACUAAAAGCUACAAACAAACAAAUUAAAAAUCAGGAUACAUUUUGCUUCACAUACACACACCAAGAUAAUUUGGAGGAAUUAAUCUCGAGAAGCCAUAUUGCUGUACUGGAUGUGGCCGACGAGUCUCACAAACCAGAAUCUUCUGGGCCACAAAAGAAUUCAGACUGGGUGCCAUUUCCAGAAGUGGGCUUAGUUGGAGAAGAUCUACACUGGGAGCAUCAACCCCUUUGUCUUGGCGUACCACCCCAAAGAAUUUAAAUGUUCUGAAGUUCCCACUUUUUAUUUUGGUGUUAAAUUGUUUAUUCCUGAACUGUUAUUAUGUAAAAGUAACGGUGGAAUUUUUUUUCUCACCCAGAAAAGUAUUCUUUCAGAGAGCUUUCAUAAGGUACUAGCAAUGGUAACCUGUCAAAGACGUGUUUUAGAAUGAAUUUCAAAAGGAUUUGAUAUGUUAUGACUGAUAGGCACUGAUAGUGUGUCACCAGGAGGAGGUCACAUCACCUGCUUGUGCUAAUAGUGAAAAAACAAAAGAAAUGUAAGCAAUUGUGUCUCACAUGUUGUAAGUCGCCUCGGCGUCAGUCAAAUAUUAAUAAAAAUUACAAGAAAGUUUAGUAAAAUAACGCCCUCGGCCAAAAGGGAUUUCCUGAUCCCUAAAGUUUUUGAAUUCUGCUUUCUUGUUUGUUGUUGUAAAUUGUUUGUUGCUUUGAAUAAAAUACAAAAUCCUCAAAUUCACCUGUCUGUCAUCUCCAGUCAUCUGACAGUGACUCCUGCACUCGGCUUUGUUGGCCAAACCCUGUGAAUUAGCACAUUUUUCAGAGGUCCAUGAAACCCCUCUUUUACAUGGUCUAUCGAGUCGGAAGCUAAACCGACUGACUGAAACCAAAAUGGCCAAGGCAAUGUGUGCGGAGGAGCCUAACGUCAUCUCUAGUGAACUGGGCAUCGAUGUAGAAGAGAACAUCUGAGCUGAUAUCUCCACAUUCAGCCAAACACCAACUCACACACUGCAGACAACCCAUCUGUGGGCGCCGCUACGGCCUUUCAGACAACGGGCUCAGUGCACUAAGCUUGAAGUUAGAGGCUGCUGAGACAUGAAGAUUGCAUCUCACCAUUUGGACUGGGAUGUGAAA